AUGAUCACCGCGGACGAUGAUGAGCCUCUGCACGGUAUAUUAUAUACAAAGCCGCCAUCUUCAGAGAUUCUCAAGGCGCUAGAUUAUCUAGCUAUCCAGCCGAAAAGCUUUGGGCAUGGCUCCCGUGAUGCGUCGAAACCCAAAGUACUACCUUCCGGGGUCACGGAAUACCUCACAUCCAUUAUAUCUAGUUCUUUGGCUUGGUUAGAGUCUGAUUGCUUGCGCGAAGAAAUAUGGGAUAUUGCAUCUGCUAGGUUGAGUGAGCGUGCGGGUCGAACGGCAAUGCCGUCAUUGUCUCGGUUGUUUCAUAUUCCCACAUCGUCUGGCGAAGAGUUCUCUCUUACAUUGCAUGAACCUUCUCUUACAUCUGAUAACUUGGGAAUGAAAACUUGGCUGUCCUCAUACCUACUUUCGCGUCGUCUGCAUUUCAUAUUCGAGUCGGUACCUGAGCUAGUCAACUCUGACCUAACUUCAUCGUCAUCAGGCACUCGGCUUAGAGCCUUAGAACUAGGUUCCGGUACCGGCCUUGUAGGACUCUCAUUUGCUACUCUACAAGGUCCAUCGGCUUCAAUUCAUCUCACCGAUCUUCCUGCUAUUGUGCCAAACUUGGCGAGCAACGCAGCUCUGAAUUCUGAAUUAUUGUGCGAGGUCAAUGCCGAAGUGACAACUGGAGUCCUUGAUUGGUCCACACCUCCUGCUUCGGCUCCAAGUAGCGAAGAGCGGUACGACAUCAUCCUCGCCGCAGAUCCACUCUACUCCCCUGAGCAUCCCAGGUGGCUAGUUCAAACCAUCGAACCCUGGCUCAGCCGAAGCCUACAUGCGCGUGCAGUUGUUGAAUUACCAUUGCGGGACGCUUAUCUGCCUCAAGUUGAGGAAUUCCGUAAGAGAAUGGAAGAAAUUGGUUUAGCCAUUGUUGAACAGGGCAAUGAAACGGGAUAUGAUGAUUGGGAGGACGCCGAUGGGGAGUCUGUGGAAGUUCACUGUUGGUGGUCAGUUUGGGGCUGGAGUGAGAAACUAUAG